AUGAUGCCUCACCCGACAUCAUCGUCCCUGGCAACUGCAGCAUCAGAGUCGAAACGGAGGUCUCGCUCUCUCUCUCGAUCGAGGCUGAGCUGGUCGACUCGUCGCUCCUCGCCGAACCCGCCGCCUUCGUCCUUCUUGCUGCCCGAACCGCUUCCUCACUCGAACCUCCAGGAUGCGUACAUGUCAGGCCUAGACUCGACACUGAGCAGCCAGGACAGGAAGGGCAGGUCGUUGAUGUCUGAGAAGAAUGGUACAUCUGCUACUACCACAGCAACAACGUCAACAUCAACAAUAUCAACAACAACAACAACGCGGUAUCCGACUCUCGCAUCGCCGCUGCCACUCUCAUUCCUACCUCGCGAAAGCAUAUCGGCCACAUCAGAGUCGACAGAUUCGUCUCCUACCACCACGAGCUCGACGUUCGACUCGCCCAUCGUCAUGGAGACCUCUCCAAGCUCGUCUCCCGAGUCGCCUACCUCCGUUACCCCGCUGGGUUCCCUGCGGACACAUGGAGGCGAUUUCCGCAAACCAGAGGGUAGAGUAGUCAACUCCCAGGCCCUGGAGCCGCUGCUCAAGCCACCACCACCGCAGCAUCAACAACAGCAACAGACACAGCCCGCAGGUGAAAAGGAAACCAGCCAGCCUGAGUCUUCUCCAUCCCGCAAGGCAAGGAAUCUGAAAAAUCUCUCGCUCAGACUACCACAGCCUGGUCAGGGUCGACAGCCGCCCCUCAACACUGCGCCAAUAGUCGAUAGCGCGAGGAAUCUCUCUGCACCUCCAUCGCCGAUGCCUCAACAUGCUACCACCACAGCCAGCAAGAGGAAACCACCGAAUCUCACCAUCCAGACUCCAGGAUUUAACCGACUGUCCUUUGCUUCAAAUGGCGUGCCCGCAACUCCUACCGUCAAGCCAUUCCUACGUCAUGCUGAAUCCUCUCCAUCUCUUAAUUCCAUUCUCUCGCCUACAUUCCCAGACCGGCCUCCGGUGACCUUCCAGCGAAGCAAUCCGGCAAAACGACCCCUCUCUGGUCCACGAGACGAGCCUCACCCGUCAAACCAGCACCUCUUCACACAGCACGAGUUGCUAGAGAGGCUAAAUGAAGAAGACGAUAACCCAGUAUCGCGUGAAUCGCGCAAGGGCGCAGAACGAGGAUACCCUAAUGGUCCCAUACUCAUCUACGACGCAGGACUAUAUCUCUAUCUCGAACCCAACCAGGAAGAAGCAUCACGCUUCGAUGUCGUUUUCAACGUGGCCAAGGAAGUGCGAAAUCCGUUCAAGGUAGCCGCGAGAGAGAGACAGGAUACAGUCAUGUCCGUCUGGAAAGCGAAUGUAGGUACUCUCAGACAAAACUCUGAGCCUUCCACUGCCACGUCCGACGCUACAUUCAUGUCUGCAUUCGAAUACCCUCCAUCUGCUACCGAGCAAGAGAGCGAGUCAGAGUCACCUUCCACGCCCAAGGCAGAGUCUCCCCGUCAGCCAGAGUACAUUCACGUUCCCUGGGACCACAACUCGGAAAUCCUCGACGAUCUAUACACCCUCUGCGAAAUGAUCGACGAUCGCCUGUCACAGGGAAAAUCAGUGCUCAUCCACUGCCAACUGGGUGUCAGUCGGUCUGCCUCGCUCGUCAUCGCAUACGGGUUGUAUAAGAACAGGCAAUUGGACUUUAACUCUGUCUACGGCUUGGUCAAGGGACGCAGUUGCUGGGUUGGCCCAAACAUGAGUCUCAUCUACCAGUUGACGGACUUUAGAGCCAAACUGCAGGAUAAGAGUAAUACGAGGAAGCAGCCGUUGCCGGAAUGGCUUAACAGUCCCGUUAUUCAGGAUAAGGCACCGCAAUUACCACUUCCACAGUCUUCAAACAAAUUCGGCAUCGACUCAUCCCCAGCCUACAAGAAGCCUACCAUCGACUCCUCGACAUCCAACUCGGGCUUGGGCUUCUUCACGCAUAACCCGUUCAGCCUCUCUCGUCUCACAGGCAACAACAACAACGGCAGCAAUAAUAACAAUGGCCCAUCUAGACGCAAUAAUGUCUCACCACGUCCUCUACCGUUACGCGAAAAAUAUCAAACCUUCCACUCUUAUCGCCGCUCCACAUCCCGUCAGGAUAGCAUGUUCACUUCCCGUUCAUUCUUCAAGCCUCCACAGCCAGUACAAGGUGAUGUCUGCAUGAACAUGGACGAUCAGGAUGGUAGUGACAUUGGACCUACCGCCGUGGCAGGCGAUACAUCAAUCUUCUCGCCUAAAACCACUAAUCCGUUCGCGUUGGUUUCGCCAUUUUCUCCUAGCGGUAUCUUAUCCCCAGCCCCUACCACAGCCGCGCCCACGACCGGCGGCCUCGGCCUAGGCGUCGAUGCAGUCCGCAAAUCCCUCGAUGCAAAUCAGCCACCGCCAAUCCGACCUACAUUGAUGUACGAUCCACGAUCACCACAGCAGCCAUCAGAACCAAUAAUAAUGCGGAACAUCGAUGAGUUUCUAUAA